UUGAUUAACUAUGAAGUAAUACGAGUCUAUGGUGAAAGUCGUUGUAAUUUUUAGUAGUUUACAUGUGUGAUAUGGAUCGUCAUUAUUAAAUGAAUAUUUAUGAAAUACUAUUAACAUUUUUCAUGUAUAGUAGAACAAUUAAAUCAUAGUGAAAUGAAAUAUAUUUAAUUUUGAAGUUCAACAAAAUUUGUUUCUUUGGCUACUUAUGAAAUUUUGUUAUGGCGUCGAGAAGAAUGCGUUCAAAUUCAAUAGAAACAAAUUAUCUACCCUCUGGAUUAAAUUUGAGAUCUGAAAGUAAAGGUACUCAACUGGUCCGAGAACCUACAUCUGUACUAGAUAUAUUUCUUACAGUAUUUUUAUAUGGCUGUCGAAAAUAUUUAUUUUUCUCAACUCAUAAGAGGCUUUUUAUAUACUUUAUCCUAUUAGUGUCUUCAAUUAUGGGUGAUUAUAUUAAUGUACCUAAAAUAUAUUUUGCGAAUAGUGGGACGUUUCUUAAUCAAUAUUUUGUCAAAUUGGGUUGGUUCUGGACUAUAUUAUGGACAUCUCUUUUUUUGUUUACGUCAAGUAGUGUUUUUUGUAUAAAUUCUAAAGGAAAUAUUAUGAAACAUUCAUCUCGACUCUUUAUUGCAACAUUUUUCUGGUGGUUCUGGACAAAUGGGUUUAAUUACUUUGGACAGUUUUAUGGUUCAUGUACAGAAAAAGGUCUCUCAAGAAACAAUUGUUUAUCUGCUGGAAAAAUUUGGCAAGCUUUUGAUAUAUCUGGUCAUGUUUUUAUAUUAAUAUACAGUACUCUUGUUAUGAUUAGUGAGGCGAGACCAAUAAUUGGUUGGGAUAAAAUCCAUGAUGUUAUAAUUGCUGAAAAUAAUGCCAGAAUAUCAGGGAAAAAAGGAAAGUUAAAUUAUCUCAAUGAAAAUGAACUAAUAGAGCUUAAAAGUGCCUAUAUUAAUAUGACACCUUUCAUAAAAUUACUUUUCCUAAUAAUAGCACUUUUUGUUGCUAUAUGGGAACUAAUGCUAUUAACUACUAUGAUGUAUUUUCAUAGAAUGCCUGAGAAAUUGUUGGCUGGAUUUAUUGCCAUGUUUACAUGGUUUUUAACUUAUAGACUUUGGUAUCCUUCUGAAUUUCUGCCUCUCUUACCUGGUCAAGGGUUUUUCAAUUACCAAGCGCUUCAAAGAAGCGAGUUAAGCUAAGAAAAAUUGAAUCAGUACUUAUUGUUUAAGUAUUCAUAAAAGUGUAUUAAAUAAACCUUUAGUUUUUAUUAUUGUUAUUUUUUUUACUGUUGUAUCUGUUAUACUGUUUAUCAGAUUUGUGGUAUUUUUUGUUUAAUAUAUUUUUAUGUUCAAAGGUGAUCUUGUGUUCAAGAAAUAGUUAUGUUAGUAUACACUAUGGGUUAAGGUUGUAUUACUACACAUUUUUAACUGUUGUUUCUAAAAUCUCUAAUAUAGUUAAUUGUAGAAAUGUUUUUUUUUUUAAGUUUUUGUAUAACUUAAAAUUAAGUUAUUUAUACUGUUAUCUGUUUUAAAUAUUACAAUGCUAGUAUAACUGUAAUUCAUUAAAGUUGUUCAUCAUAACUGUAAUAGAAUGGGGAAAUGCAAAAAACAACUAUUCAACUAUAAAUAAAAAUUUAUUUGUAUUUCAAAAAGCUUGAAAAGGUCCUAUUUUUCAUUUUGUAUACUGCAACUGAACCAAUAUUCAAUUGUAUAUUAUACUUCAGAAUGGCAAAAUAUCUUAAUGGCUUCAUCAAUAAAAAUAUCAAAUAUAACUAAAUAAAACAUAUUAUGUAGUAGAAUUUUAAAUGUGGGAUAGUUGCUGUUUGUAUAACACUAUUAAAUUAAUAACUAAUAUUUAUGGAAAUUGAAUUAAGAUUUUAUUCUAAAUCUAUUAUAAUUAAAUAUCAUUGAUGCUUGUAAAAUAUAUUUCUAAUUGAAAUUUAUUUUGUUAUUAAUAUUACUUUGACAAUUAGGUAAAUAGCUUUAAUGGUAAUUAUUAAGGAUAUGAGUAAUAUACAUGUAGAUUUG